GGUACUCCGUGCUCUGCAUAUGCCAAAGCGCUGAAGGGACAGCGAGAGUCUUGGCCUCCGUUCUUGCUUUAGGUCACGAGUGUGCAACACCCGCAAAGUUCUUAGCCCAUAUAUCCGGCACUUCCAGCGCAGCCAUGGCCGCCCAGCAAAUACUGCUGCGAACUGGGCCCGGCAGCGCCUGCCAGGCGCACGCUCGGCGCGGCUGCGCCCUCGCACGCCACAAGUUGACGCCGGCCCCAUUCACCGGCACCGCACGGCUCCAGCUCGACACCCCCUCCGUCGCUCCCUCGGUCCCCUUCACCCAGCCCAGCCGCGCUAGCCGCACGACCUCGGUCUUCGCGCGGGCCUCGUCCUCCUCAGCUGCAGACGCGGCGCCGUCACAGCCGCCGCAGGAGCCGGCCAGCACGCCGCUGUGGCGCACACACAUCUCUCGCAAGCCAAUCCUACUGCAGGCCCUGUACGACUGCCUGGCGGGCCUCCGGGCAGCGGGGCCGCUGCCGGACCGGGUGGAUCUGGCCAUGGUGUACGUGUCGUCCGCGUACGAGCAGGACUUUCCACUGCUGGUGGAGGCGCUGAGGCAGCAGGUGCCGGGCCUGAGGAACGUGUUCGGGUGCACGGGCUUCGGCAUUAUCGGUGUGGACGGCGAGGGCGCGCACGAGGUGGAGGCGGCGGCCGCGCUCAGCCUCACGCUGGCCAGCAUCCCGCAGGCGGAGGUGGUGGUGCGGCACGUGGACACCGCGGACCUGCCGGACGGAGACGCUCCUCCGGACCGCUGGGCGGCGCUGCUGGGUGUGCCGGCCUUCCCCGAGUGCCCACUGUCAUUCGUGGUGCUGGCCGACCCCACCUUUGGCGAGGUGCAGGACCUUCUGGAUGGCCUGGACUUCGCCUUCCCCACCGCCACCAAGAUUGGCGGCCUCAGCAGCUCCACCCCCUCCUUCACUGGCUCCACCACCGCUACGUUUGCCUGGUCGGCAUCCCCCUCCGCCUCCUCGUCACUCAUGCCCGCCUCGUCGCCCUCCCCCUCCGCCCCUUCCACCUCCUUCCCCUCCGCCGACUCCACCACCUCCUCCUCCACGGCGGCAGGCGCUGACACCACCGCGACCACCAGUGGCAGCGGCAGCAGUGGCAGCAGCAGUGGCAGCAGCGGCAGCGGCAGCAGUGGCAGUAGCGGCAGCAGCGGCAGCGGCAGCAGUGGCAGUAGCGGCAGCAGCGGCAGCGGCAGUAGCGGCAUGUUCACUCGCGGCGCGGCGGUGUUGUCGCUGCAUGGGGAGGUGCAGAUGGACCUCAUGAUUGCACAGGGCUGUCGGCCGCUGACGUCCACCACCUGGACUGUGGACCGGGUGGCCGCGGGCGACCCCACCCGCAUCCUGGCGCUGUCGGCGGAGGGUGUGGCGCGCGGGCGGCCGCUGCCGGCUCUGGAGGCGUUCCAGGUGGAGCUACAGUCCGUGCUCGGCGGCAUGACGGAGACGCAGCUGCGCCGCACCGUGUCCAACCUGACCGUGGGCGUGGCGCCGGAGGGACUCAAGCCCGCGGCGGAGCUGGAGCCGCAGGAUUUCCUGAUCCGCGCUCUUCGCGGCUUCGACGCGGAGCAGGCGCUGGUGGUGGGCGACUACAUGCGGGCGGGGCAGCGGCUGAGAUUCAUGGUGCGUGACAAGCAGGGCGCGCAGGAGGACCUCACUAGCCAUGGGUUGGCGUUCAAACGCAAGCAGCUGCAGGCCAUGCUGAUGGGCGGCGGCGCCGGCGGCGAGGGGGCGCCCUCGCAGCCGUUUGGCAUGCUGAUGUUCACGUGCAACGGCCGCGGCAGCGGGCUGUACGGCGAGGACAGCUACGACGCACGCACGCUGUCCACCUACGUGCCCGUGCCCGUGGCGGGGUUCCAGUGCAACGGCGAGAUCGGGCGUGUGGGCAACACCACCCACCUCCACGGGUUCACGUGCGCGGCGGGUGUGCUGCGCCUGACCAGCGAGGUGGCGGCAACGGCGUCAGGCUCCGGCGCCUCUGCAGCCGCGCCCUCGUCGUCAUCGGCGCCCGCGCCGCCGUCACCGUCACAGCCGCCGCCGUCUGCUCAGGAGUAAGGAGCUGGGCGGGGCGCAGGGGCGGGGGGCGGGGGCGGGGGCGGGGUUUGCGGCUGGGGCUGACGUUGACAUGCAUUUGCAUGGGCCGCAUGCAUGCGCGUUGGGUUUCUGUGUGAGAUGACUUGACUGAGAGGGCGGAAUGCAAGAGCAGGAGGGUCCGGUCAGCACUGCGUGCGCGGCAAGGACUGAAUGCGGUAAUGGAAAACUGAGGGCGACGACUUGAAGAACGCGCAGGAGGUUUGCACGCCGCCAGUUGCGCUGGCAUGGCAUACCGGUACACUAAAGACAUGGGAGCAGCUAUAUUGGCUAGGUCAGGUUGACAUCGUGGGGCGAUGACGCGUGCUGGGUGGUGGAAUGCAGAUUCUGCCGUGGCACCUCCCAACGAGUGUGCAGGGCUGCAGGAGGUGGUGGGAGGGUGUGGGGGAGCUGGGUAUGCCGGCAAGUGCUAAUUGGGUUGCGGCGAGCAGUGGGUCGCAGCAGACACCGCACAUGCUGCAUCCCAUUCCAUGGAACAAAUGGGAGGGGGGCGAAGCGCAUGGAGGCCGCCUUAUUUGCGCACAGGAGGCUGUCGGAGGGCACUGUAAGACCACCCCUCCCUCAGUCCCUCUCUGCAAGGUAUGGGGCUUCGGGCCGGCAUUGCCUGCCGCCAGUGCUAUGGUCUUGACCCACAUUACUCACUUGCGGGCGCAUGCAGUUUACGGUGUAGAUUAUGCCGCGCCCCCUUUUAGAAGCGGGUAGAGUCACUCUCCAUACCUGUAAUAGAUUUGGUUCUUCCUUUCUCGUGCACGAAAGGGAGUCGUGGAGAUACCGCAGACGGGGGCAAACGCGUUGCGCACGGGCUUGAGGUAGCUUCUCCUGCAUGAGGGCUUUCUCUUAUCUAAAGCAUCGAUAGUGAAUCCGGUUGGGCUUGUGUAAAAUAAAGCCCAA